UAAUUUUUCUAUAACCUUGCGUGAGGUAAAAAAAAAACGCUGAGGAGUCAACCUUAUAAAAAUCAAAAAAAGUUUUGCAAAACAACGUCACUACGUCAGGACGAGUGCAGAAUAACCCGGCUGUUGGAAAUUCGCAGAAUUACGAGUUCCGCACCCAUAGCGGAUAUCCGUUGAAAGACAACACUCACAUGAUGGCAGACGACGGAGCAUAUACGGCAGACGACCCUACGCUGACCGUAGGGCCGAAAAUUGUCUGUAUCACUGAGCUCUGUGACCAACAACCGUCGGCGACGACAUCCACAUUGCAGGUGGAGGCCGAUCAGAGGACGUUAGAUUUAGCACCACUACUAUCCCUGUGUCCAAAUGACGAACUGUUGGAAGCUCCUGUUGGAAUCUUGCAGGAGUGCGAUUAUCCAUCGACAGACAACGUAUAUAUGGUGGACGACAAUAAAUACACGACGAAAGAUGACGCGGUAGACGACCCUACACUGACCGUGAGGCCAAAAAUUGUAUGUGCUAUCAGUGAGCUCCGUGAUCAACAACCGACGACGACGACAUUGACUUCGAGCAAAAGUGAUGGCGACGGGUUGGAGCCAGCGAUGACUACGACCCAAGUAAAGUCAGCGGUGACUGAACAGCUUGAUUCUUACGUGGCACCGGUUAGAAUCCAGCUGUUAGAUGCACUGGCUGAUGUUAACGAUUUUGUUCCGGACGAGGCAACCAAAAGCACGACCAUAGUUCCUAUAGUCGUGGCCAAAAGUGAUGGCGACGGGUUGGAGCCAGCGAUGACUACGAUCCAAGUAAAGUCAGCGGUGACUGAACAGCUUGAUUCUUACGUGGCACCGGUUAGAAUCCAGCUGUUAGAUGCACUGGCUGAUGUUAACGAUUUUGUUCCGGACGAGGCAACCGAAAGCACGACCAUAGUUCCUAUAGCCGUGGCCAAAAGUGAUGGCGAUGGGUUGGAGCCAGCGACGACUGCGGUCCAAGCAAAGUCAGCAGCAGCAGAAAAACCCCGGCAAGGUCGUCGUAGAUCGUUCUUAUCGGCAGUGGGGAGGCGGCUCCUCAAGUUCGGGAGGACGUUAUGCUGCUGUUGCUGUUGCAAAUAGUGUGGUAGGUACACCGAUACCGCCAUAUGGUGCGCUCGAUUGCAUCUGUGAGAUGACAACGAGUUGAGAAGACAAGAGGGAUGCAAAAAGAGAUGUUGACUGGUGUCAUCAAUCCAAAAUUUAAGUUUAUAAUUUAUUAAAAUUCAUUUUGUUUAAUUUUCGUUUUGUUGAAAAACUUUAAUAUUAUAAUGAUUGUUAAUUUGCUCAUAUUAUCAAAUAAACAAUGAAGCAUAACAUAUGUAAAUAUUAAUUAUACAUGUAAAUUUUUACUUUGAAUACCGUCAAAUUUUUUUCUGAUUGUUAUAAAAAAUAAA